AUGAGUCCUUCAGGAGAGAAACAGCUACCAUUAGAACCUUCAACAGAAAGAAUAUUGCGCCAAGCUUUGAAUGUGGUGUCAACCCAGUCAUCAUCAUACUCUGGUUCUGAUGUCAAUCUAAAGAAGAUUGCAAAAAAGCGAAGAGGAGCUGGCGGAGCAGUGGAUGUUGAGUACACGAAAAGCAGCAAAGAGUAUCUUCAGAAGGCACAGCAAAGUCUAAGGCAAGAGUCUGGUAGCAAAACCUCUUCAGAGUUUUCGUCCAAUUCGAAUGCUACGAAUGAAUCAUCAGCAACUCCACCAACAGAUCAAUCAUCGUCCAACCCAUAUGGUUAUGAAGACCCAGAUGCCGCCCCAAGGAAAUUCAGUGGACCAGCACACCGUAGCUUCAGCCAACCCGCUAUCUCCUCUGCUGGCAAUCAGUAUGGAUACGGAGAUCCAGCGGCUUCAAACCCAUAUGGAUACGGAGACGCUGUUCCUUCCAAAAUUGGGGAUCCAGCGGCCUGUAAUCCUUACGGUUAUGGAGACGCUGCACCCUCAAACCCUUAUGGUUACGAGAAUCCAGAUGCUGCUCCCACAAUUCGUCGUAGAGGUCCAGCCCGGCGCCGAGGCUCAGUGACGAAGUUUUCGAUUCAAGCAGCUGCUGCUGCAACUGCAGUCACGGACCGGAUACUGCAAAAGACAAACCUGCUUUCCAAAAAAAAUUGUGACGAUGGCCAGAACAAGCCGAUGAGACGGUCAACUUGUGCGCAUGUCCCUUCUUCCGAUGGUAGAUUCAAUAGAAUGAGCAUGGACACCGGGAAGUUAAAUGAUUCGCCACCAACUCUUGUUGAUGGACCUUCGAGUGGUGAUAUGAAACCUACAACACCGAAGCGCCAGGCUAGUUUCAGUGAUCCCUUGGAAAAAGCGAAGCAAGCGCUAAACGAAAGUACUGAGAGCAUUGGGAAACCGAACAAGAGCUUUGGAAACGUGGCUGUUGAUGUUUACGAGAAUUCGAGAUUUACAGUCGCUGCUCCACAGCGACCACGGCCUCGUAGGAGAGGACCAGCUUUUUCGAUUUCCACAGAACCGGAACAAGAACGACAGGAUCAGUCAAACUCAACUCUCCAGUCACCUGUGCAGAGCUCUCUGAGUGUGCAAAAGACUCCCGCGUCGUCUCUUGGACCUGAGAUGGAAACGUCGCUGAAUGAUAUCCAAGGAUUGGAAUCACGAUGGUCGCUCAUUGUGCCUGAUCAGUCUUUAGGUCGCACAGUUCCUCAAAGAUCCUCUUCCAAUCACUCUUUCUUAUCCCCGAAACGAUCAGGUUCACUUCGUUCUCUUUCUCGAGCUGCUGCAAAUCUACGCAAGGAGAAAGGAGAAAGCUCGAUGCACGAUUCUAUCGGAUCUAUUGCAUCUUGGGAUGAUAAUAGUUUCCAAACUCCACAAGCCUCGAAGUACAUUCAAUCACCGAAUUGGCGCAGGAAGUACUCGCGAUCGAAUUCAGUUGGAUCCAUUGGAAGCGAGUGCGACUCUUUGGCCUCAGACAUGGAAUCGCUAUGCAGCAUUUCCGUGCGUACUGAUGAUCGACCUGGCUUACCCUCACCGGCGGCUUCAUUCAAAAAAUGUGUUGUCAACAGGACGCCAAGCAAACUUUCAAGGCACAAUUCCAAUGGCAGUCUCUUCGGAUCAAGACCAAAAGACAACUCUAAUGACGAUGGUUCUGUGUCUGCUUUGAAGGCUAUGAACCUUGAGAACACUUCGAAGCAGCCGUUUGGUGUUGCUCGUGCUGCAAAUCCAAAUGCUGUAUGUCGCAGCUACUCUGGGGACAGGCUACGUGUUUUACGGGAUCAAAAGGUUGUUCGUGAACAACAUUAG